AUAAGCCCGUUAGCUACAGUUAACAAGCCUGCAGUUGACAGAAGCGCUCGCGGCUGUUCGGGUGUGGAAAAGCUGCUAUCAUGGCGAAAAACAUGACUCUGCUGUGGUGCACCGGCUCCUGCCCCUGCUGGAGGGCCAUGAUCGCCCUGGAGGAGAAGAACCUGCAGGGCUACAACCACCAGCUGCUCUCCUUCGACAAGAUGGAGCACAAAUCCCAGCAAGUUCUGGACAUAAACCCCAGAGGACAGUUCCCCACCUUCAAACAUGGAGACAACGUCGUGAAUGAAUCCUACGCCAUCUGCUUCUAUUUGGAGAGCCAGUUCAAGUCUCAGGGGAACAAACUGAUCCCAGACGGCCCAGAAGAACAAGCUCUGAUGUACCAGCGCAUGUUUGAGGGCCUCACGUUCUACGACAAGCUCGGAAACGUCAUCUACUACGACUGGUAUGUCCCUGAGGGAGAGCGGCACGACUCGGCCCUGAAGAGGAACAAGGACGCCUUGGUGGCGGAGCUCGGGCUCUGGGAGGGUUACCUGUCCAAGGGCUCGGGCUCUUUCCUGGCGGGGAAGACUUUCUCGCUGGCAGACGUGGUGGUUUUCCCCACCGUGGCCUUCCUCUUCAGAUUCGGGCUGUCUGCGGGGCGGUACCCCAAACUGGAGGAGUACUACGCCCUCCUGAAGGACAGGCCCAGCAUCAAAGCCAGCCGGCCUCCUCACUGGCUGGAGGGCCCCGAGGAGGAGCUGCUGCUGAAAGAAAUCUGAAGGAGAUCAAAGCUUUAUUGUUCUUGACUGCGUUAACGAUGAAACCCUGUAGCUCACAGUUCACUGAGAUGCAGCUCUGCUUCUGGCUCAGAUUCCUCUCUGCUUCCACCACUCUGCAGCUUUGCUUAUAGCAGCAGUAGAUCCAUGGAUCAAACAGUAAAAGUUCAUUCACGAGUUUAUAUUUUUAGACUGUAACAUUCUAACUGAGGCCAAUAAACCCAAUAAACCUGCUGAGGAUCUGCA